GGAGAACCAGGAAGUUUAUUCAGGAAGCUGCAUGCCGUACCGCUGAUCGGAUACACCGAGUGAUGAUCGCAGAUGGAGAAUAGACCGAGCGACAACACCGGGGGCAGCUAUGGCUCCGACUGGGAAGAUGAGGAGGAAGAAGUCCUCCCCGUCCCACCGCCUCGGAAGGACGAGCGCUCCCACUGGAGGAAUUUAUCAGCGUUUUGGUUACUGGGCCUGUGUAAUAAUUUUGCGUACGUUGUGAUGCUCAGCGCAGCUCACGACAUCCUCAGGACAGAGACUAAUGAGACCUCCACGCUCAACGUCUCCAGCCCCAAUAACAGCCGCUAUGAUUGUAACCGGAUCUCCACCGCGGCCGUGCUCCUCGCAGACAUCCUCCCCACGCUGGUUAUCAAGUUCACGGCUCCUUUCUACAUCCACCUGAUCCCCUACAAUUACAGGGUGUCUCUCUGCAUCCUCACGGCGGCUGCCAGCUUUUUGAUCGUGUCGUAUUCCGCCGAGGUGGCGGUGAGUCUGCUCGGUGUGGUGUUUGCCAGCAUCUCGUCGGGACUCGGAGAAGUAACGUUCCUCAGCCUCACCGCUUUCUUCCAAAGCGACGUGGUUUCUUAUUGGUCCUCUGGAACAGGAGGAGCCGGAAUCCUGGGUUCCCUGUCGUAUUUGGGACUGACGGAGGUCGGGCUCUCCCCGCGGAACUCCCUCCUCGUCAUGCUGGUCAUCCCAGUUCUUCUUCUCUUAAGUUAUUUUUUCCUGCUGAAGCCCCCCGCGUCGCUCCCUCGAUGGGUGUUUCCAAAAACCCUGGAUACCUGUUUGAGUGACCAACAGCCCCUAAUACAGGACUCCGGGUCCCGAGAGACAGAUAUAAGAUCUCAUCUAACGCUCUCGCAGAAGUGGAAGAUUAUCAAGACUCUGCUUAAAUACAUGAUCCCGCUGUCCACGGUCUACUUUGCGGAGUAUUUUAUUAACCAGGGCCUGUAUGAAUUAAUCUAUUUUCCAAACAUCUCCAUGGGCCACUCGGAGCAGUACCGAUGGUACCAGAUGCUGUACCAGGCGGGGGUAUUCGUGUCCCGGUCCUCCCUUCGCUGUGUAAGAAUCCGGAGGAUUUGGGUCCUCUCCGUGCUCCAGUGCAUCGUCGCCACGUUCCUUCUCGUCGGGAUUUAUCGCCUCUUCCUCCCUCAUCUCGGAAUUCCGGUUAUUUUCCUGAUAAUCGUGUUUGAGGGUUUGCUCGGCGGAGCGGCCUACGUGAACACCUUCAACAACAUCGCCGAGGAGAGUAAGCCGGAGCACAAGGAGUUUGCCAUGGGAGCCGCCUGCGUGUCGGACACCCUGGGGAUCUCUAUAUCCGGGGCGAUCGCGAUUCCAGUCCACAACUACUUCUGCAGCCUGGGAUGACCCUCUGGGGCAAAACCGCGGGCAAAACUCCACCACGCACUUUCAGGUUUUAUUCAUCGUUCCAGCAUAAAAAUUGUCUGGUUGUAAAACUGGAGCCCAGGCGGCAGAGGCCAGGGGUAGCUGAAUAAAAUACUGGUACAAAGCCAUAGUUUC